AUGAGCCACUUGGUACAUCAGAGCCUCAGUGCCAAGCCUCCCCUGGCUCCAAGAAGCUGCAUCAUGCACAGCAGCCACAGCCCAGUCAAGUAUUUCAGCACAAGGACUAACCAGAAAAAUGCCAAGGCUAUGGACCAAAGACCUCUGGUGCAUCUCAACUUCCCAGAGCUGGUGACCUUCAAGGAUGUGGCUGUGGAUUUCACCCAGGAGGAGUGGCGCAUCUUGGACCAUUCUCAGAGAGAGCUGUACAAGGAGGUCAUGCUGGAGAAUGUCCAGAACCUGCUUUUUGUGGGACUUCCAGUUUCUAGAGAAGAUGUGAGCUCUCCUUUCCAGAGAGGUGAAUCACCAGGGAUGGUAGAGCACAAAGGUCCAAGGAUCUCCUGUCCAGGUGGAGAGACCAGGUUGGAAGUGAAGAAGAUGGCUUCAAAGGUGAACAUUUCUGUGGAAGAAUUUGUCCAAAUUAGAUUUGAGAGUGAUGAUGGUGCCUGUAAGUUCAAUUUGAAAGAAAUCUGUGACUCUGAUACCAAGGUGGGUAAGAGUAUCUGUGAGUCUGGUGAAAUUGAAAAGGCACUCAGAGAGUCUUCAGUCUUUAAUAACCGCAAGAGAAUGACUUCAUGGAAUGAAUAUUUUCAAGACAGUGAAGACAAUAAAUGGUUUCCUAAACAACUAGAGCCUUUUAAGACCCAGGAGAAGUCUCUUCAAAUGCAAAUGUACACUGGUAAUCAUCUGGAAAUGGCUUUGAAUUUGAAUUCUAAUCUCAUUAGACAUCAGACAAGUGACAAAAGUGGGAAGGCCUUCAGUCUGAACUCUAAGUUCAUUACUCUUCAGAAAAUUCACAUUAGAAGGGAGCCUGUUGAAUACAUUGAAUGGAAAGCAACGUCAUCUCAUCAAUCACAUCUUCCUUGCCAUGCUAGAUUUUAUGAUGGAAUGAGAAGACAUGCAGUUCAUUGUUGUGGAAAGGCCUUUGGUUGGAACUCAGAUUGUAUUAGGUAUCAGAACAUUCACACUGGAAAAAAGUUUAAUAAAUGUAAUCAGUGUGGAAAGGCUUUCACAGGGGAAUCCCAUCUUGUCCAUCAGAGAAUCCAUACUGGAGAGAAGCCUUAUAAAUGUAAUCAGUGUGGAAAGGCUUUCACAAAGAGUUCCAAUCUUAGUAAGCACAAGAGAAUACACACUGGAGAGAAACCUUAUCAAUGUAAUCAAUGUGGAAAGACUUUCACAGUGAGCUCCAAUCUUGCUUCACAUCAGAGAAUACACACUGGAGAGAAACCUUAUGAAUGUUAUCAAUGUGGAAAGGCUUUCACAAAGAGGUACAAUCUUGAUAAACACAAGAAAAUACACACUGGAGAGAAACCUUAUCAAUGUAAUCACUGUGGAAAGACUUUCACAUUGAGCUACAAUCUUGUUGAGCAUCAGAGAAUCCACACUGGAGAGAAACCUUAUGAAUGUUAUCAGUGUGGAAAAACUUUCUCACAGAGGUCUAGUCUUGUUGCACAUCAGAGAAUCCACACUGGACAGAAACCUUAUGAAUGUUAUCAGUGUGAAAAAGCUUUCUCACAGAGGUCUGGUCUUGCUGCACAUCAGAGAAUCCACAAUGGAGAGAAACCUUAUGAAUGUUAUCAGUGUGGAAAGGCUUUCACAGAAAGAUCCAGUCUUGCUAAGCAUGAGAGAAUCCACACUGGAGAGAAACCUUAUGAAUGUAAUCAGUGUGGAAAGAGGUUUAGAUGUAGCUCCAGUCUUGCUUCACAUCAGAGAAUCCACACUGGAGAGAAACCUUAUGAAUGUGAUCAGUGUGGAAAGGCUUUCACAAAGAGGUACAAUCUUGAUAAACACAAGAGAAUACACACUGGAGAGAAACCUUAUCAAUGUAAUCACUGUGGAAAGACUUUCACAUUGACCUACAACCUUGCUGAACAUCAGAGAAUCCACACUGGACAGAAACCUUAUGAAUGUUAUCAGUGUGGAAAGGCUUUCACAGUGAGCUCCAAUCUUCUUACACAUCAGAGAAUCCACACUGGAGAAAUCUUAGGAAUAUAA